AUGGCAGGCGAUGAAGAGCAUGAAGGUGCUUCUGUGAAGGAACAGCUCGUCGAAGCCUGCAGGAGGAACAACACCGACCUUCUAACGGAGAUCCUCGAAGGCAAGAGCGAAGACGAGAUCGCCAAGCUCCUGAACGAGACCACAACGGUGAUGGGCAACCAUUUGUACCACGAGGCAGCAUCAAGAGGGAACUACGAGAUCAUCGACAUGCUCCUCGACCAGCCCAACUUCGAGUGCGACCCCGUGAGCCGCAUGGAGGGCGACACGCCGCUGCACACGGCCAUCCGGUGGAUCAACAGCGAGCCGCCGGCGCAGCGCGAGUUCGGCAACGCCCUCGUCGACAUGAUGCUCGAGGCGGGCUCGAACCCGCGCCUGCGCAACAAGGCCAAGCUCACCCCCCUGCAGCUCGUCGACCCCCGCAACGCCGCCCUGCGCGACCUCAUCCAGAAGCACGAGUACGCGGCCCUCAACGCCGGCGACUUUGUCGAGGCCCCGAGCGGCGGCGGUGGCGGAUCGGGCGGCGGGCGGCAGGAGCGCCUGGUGGUGCAGGAGGAGAGUAGCGAUGACGAUGCCGAGUUCAGCGGUAGCGAUGACGAGGAGAGGGCGGAGUGGGAACGACGGCGGAAGGAGAGGCGGGCUAAAAAGAGCUGA